AUGAAAGUGGAGAAUUGGGAAGUAAUUACUGAUUCUGAAGUGCAGAGCAUCAAGCAGGCACUGGAGUAUAGCAGUUUGGACAGAGCUGCUGUGAAGAUCCAGGAAUAUUUCGAUCAGCUAGAUAAAACAAAGCUGAACAUCGCUGUCACUGGGGCGUCAGGCAAGGGGAAGUCCACCUUCAUCAACACCAUCAGAGGCCUGGGGGAUGAAGAGGAGGGCUCAGCCCCUACUGGAGUGGUGGAGACCACCAUGGAGCCCACUGAAUACCCCUACCCAAAGUAUCCCAAUGUCAAGCUCUGGGACCUCCCGGGAAUUGGGACAGAAAACUUCAGAGCGGAUAAAUACCUGGAGCAGGUGGGAUUCCAGCGCUACGACUUCUUCAUCAUCAUCUCAACUGAGCGCUUCACCUCUUAUGAUGUACAGCUGGCCAGAGAGAUACAGAAGAUGGGGAAGCAUUUCUACUUCGCUCGCUCCAAGAUUGAUGAGAGUUUGAGGGCAGAGGAGAGGAAGAAGAAGGGAAACUACAGUGAGACAGCUACGCUGGAUCUGAUCCGAAAAGACUGUGUCACAGGCCUGCAGAAUCUCAAAGUAGAGUCUCCCAGAGUGUUCCUGAUCUCCAACUUCGAUCCAGAGAAGUACGACUUCCCCCUCCUGCAGGAGGAGAUGGAGAAGGAUCUGCCCCAAGAAAAGAGGCACGCCUUCCUGCUGGCUCUGCCAGGCAUCUCCCACAGUGUGAACCAGAGGAAGAAAGAGGCCCUGCAGGCUGAGAUAUGGAAGGUGGCCUUACUGUCUGCCUCUGUAGCUGCAGUUCCUCUUCCAGGUCUGGGCAUUGCAGUAGAUGUGGCCAUCUUGGUGAAAGAGCUAACCAAAUACUACAGAGCUUUCAGUUUGGAUGAGGUCUCUCUAAACAGACUUGCUGAUCAAGUAAAUAUGCCAGUGGAGGAUCUGAAAAAAGUGAGGAAGUCUGUUUUUAAUAAAGAGAUAACAGCUGACGUGGCCCUUAAGAUGCUGACCAAAGCAGCUGGCGGAGGGCUUAUGGUGGCAGGGCACUUCCUUAGUGGUAUCCCAGUCCUGGGCUCCAUACCAGCAGGGGGCGCUGCAUACUGGUCUACUUCCCGUAUGCUGCGGUCCUGCUUGGAUGAACUGGCUGAGGAUGCUCGCCUCGUUUUGGUGACGGCCUUUCCUGCUAAGGUAACGGAGGUGUGA